AAAGAUGAGAGUUGCAAAUCCAUGCCCUUACUGGGAAGACAUGGAGCGCUAUGGACACAGUCUACACGAACCAAGUAGGAAUCUCAGCUAAAGACGUAAAUAUUUUCUCCAGUUAGGGAAGCAGCGGUUUGAGAGACUUCGAGGAAAGACGCGGAGGUCCGGUUGAGGAUGGAGUGUGCAUUUGACGCACAGAAUCUGAUCUCCAUUUCUUUGAGGAAAAUCCAAAGCUCCAGGACGCAGAGAGGAGGCAUCAAGCUCCACAAGAACUUGCUGGUAACGUACGUCCUGAGAAACGCCAGGCAGUUUUACAUGAGCAAAAACUUGUCGCAGACGCAGAGGACGCACCAUUAUGAGGAUGUAGCCGCAGUCCGCGAACGGCACGAAUGCCUCGAAUUGACCGGGAGCUUUGCGGAGUUGGCCGGUGACUUCUACAACUUUACUGGGGUUGAGUCGGACACUUGGCACUGCGGAGCGCACCAGCCCGGUGGACAGCCUGCAGAGGUGGCGCACCAAGACGCGUCUGCCUGCGCAAUGGUGCCACCGAAUGACUCUGAACUCAUGGUUUCGGACGCGUGUUGGAGUUGUGCAGACAAAUCCUCCUGGGAGUUACCUAUCCCAAACACGCAAGCCAACCAAAAGACCGUGCUGGACUUGGACACACAUGUGGUGACUACAGUCACGAAUGGAUACUUCCACUCAGACUGUUGCGCGCAGCCAAAGCAGCCGCAGGGCGCGCACUGCUACGCCAAGAAGCGAAAGAUGGACACAAGUUAUCAUAUUGUUGAUCCAGAGUUUUAUUUGCCAGACUUUGGGCCGCUGCCGUGUAAAAGGAUGAGGACGGACGAUGAUUCCUAUUCAGAUUCGGAGCAGUUGGACAGCUCGAACAUCUCCAACCUGAUCUCAGUGUUGGGCUCAGGUGGACUCUCCGAGUUUGUGAGUUGGCAGCAGACGGACCUUGAGCAAAUAUUCGCCGCGCAAACAAUCUGUUUGAAACACACACUGUUGUCGGGCAGCGGCUGGACCAGAGCAAUCGAAGCAUUUUGAUGUGUGUGUGUGUGUGUGUGUUUGUCCUCCUUUGUAUCGCUUUAUUUUAUUGCUUUUGAAUAAACCAUGACACGACUGCA